UGUGCGCCGAAACGCCGAAGUUGCCUCACUUGCACCGUCUGCGAUGGAGAAAAUCAGAUGAAAUAUGAUGAGGAUAUUAUUUUUCUGUGCACGUUUGUCGACGAAGGGAAGAAGCAGCAGAGCUGAGCUGAGACUAAGUUUCUCCGACCAGCGUGUAUUUAUUCCAAGCAGAAGAUAACAGCAGCAGCAGCAGCAGCAACAGCUCCAAGGACAAACAGGUUUUUUCGAUGCAUCGCCAUCCCACCAUGUGCUAAUCUUCACCUCGUACCCAAAAGAUAGUGAAGACACUUUAAACCGACCACAUCAAGACUCUUGCACCUGCACCAGCUUCUCUCAUGGCCCACCCUUACGAGCCUUGGUUACGGACAGCACCACCAAGUGGCAGCUCAGAAGACAUGAACAUCCCCUCCUGGUGGGACCUCCACAGGGACGUGCAACCAGGGAGCUGGAUAGACCUGCAGACGGGGCAGGGUGUUGGCUUACCCUCAGUCAAUCCAGGGAGCUCCAUGGGGCUGCAGCACUCUUUAGGGCCUUACGGAUCCGACCCGCAGCUGUGCACCCUUCCUCCGGCUCAACUCGCCCCAACCUCGCACUCAUCUCACCUUUUCCCCCAUGAUGGCUUCAAGAUGGAGCCGCUAGCCCCUGAAAUGCUGCAGCAAGAGGCGUUCUCCCUGGAGGAGCCACAGGAGAACCCUGCCUCAGCCCGCCCUAAGCCCCAGCGCCGCUCCUCAUCCAGAGGUGCCGGCCAGGCUGCGUGUCGCUGCCCUAACUGCGUCCAUGCUGAACAGCUGGGCCAGAGCACUGACGACAGCAGGAGGAAGCACAUGCACAAUUGCCACAUCCCCGGCUGCGGCAAAGCCUACGCCAAGACCUCCCAUCUGAAGGCUCACCUACGAUGGCACAGCGGGGACCGGCCGUUUGUCUGCAACUGGCUCUUCUGCGGCAAGAGAUUCACACGCUCUGAUGAACUGCAGCGCCACCUUCAGACGCACACCGGUGCGAAGAAGUUCAGCUGCGCAUUGUGCCCUAGAGUGUUUAUGCGCAAUGACCACCUAGCAAAGCACAUGCGCACACACGAGUCCCCGCCAGGACACGGGGAGGAGAGGGUGAAUGGAGACGGAAGGAUGGAAAAGGGAUUCGACAUGCCUACACCUCCUCAGUCAGCCUCAAACGUGUCUGCGUCUGAUGCCACAGAGCCUCCGCUGAAGCUUAAAUGUGAGACAGAUGCCUCAGUCUCCAGCGUGACAGGGCAGUCCGGCUAA